CUUUUGGCAACUUUCACAAUGCUAGAGGGAAGAAUACACGAAGCUCUGUAAUGGUGGAAGUGCAAAGACGUGAAUAGUUGUUCAAUUCGACUGUUGAAAUUAAAUUUACGCGACAAUUUUUGAUUCCUUCAUUAUUUGCUUUUUGUUGUAUUGAAAAUAUUUCAAAUAAUACCAUGACGCGAAUUAGUGAGAAAAAAUGAUAAUAUAUUAUAUUAACGUUAACGGGUUUCCUUGUGUAAGUAAGAAUAUUGUAGGAGUAAUAUAUGUGUGUGUUUCCGCGCUUCGUCGUUACUUUAAUGGUUAGGAUCUGAAGGCAUCCAUUAUUCUUCUUUGAUCUGCCAUCAAAAAAGCUAUCGGUAGUGAAUAUAUUAAGUAGUUUCAUUUAAAGUUUCUCAUUUCCUUCUACGAGAACGUUUUAAUCGAAUUAAUAUUUCAUUUUGACAAUUCCUUCAUUUUCCCUUUAAUAUACAUUACAUACAAUUUUGAUAAUUAACUAUAUAUAAGAGAACAUGAAGGUAUUUCAUAUGUCUUAACAAAUUCUACAUUAUUUACAGGUAUUUAUUUAUAUAUUGCUGAUGCAAAACUAUUGUCAAAUCAUUUUGUACACAGUUAUGUAUGUCUCUCUCUCUCUCUCUCUCUCUCUCUCUCUCUCUCUCUCUCUCUAUCUCUUUGUGGUAUGACAAUUGUAGAUAUUUUUUUUGUCUGCAUUUUGUCAAAGUUCACAUUGCAUUGUGCAUACACUUAAUAUUCAUUCUUAAUUAUAUGUAAUAUUGUAUGUUAAUUAUUUUGCAGCAAGAGCACUGCCAUAAUUUAAGUUAAAAUACAUUAUGUCGUAUCCUGGACAACCUCCCAUGGGGAUACCAGGCAUGCCUCCUAUGCCAUAUAUGGUUGGUGCACCACCACCAAUUAUUGGCGGAGUAAUGCCCAUGGCCCAUACCUCAGCACCAGCCGUACGUUAUGCACGCAAUCAAAACCGACAUGAUAACAAUCGACGUCGUGAGAGGGAAUCUGGACCACCAGUUACUGUCUUUAUUGGAAAUAUAAUGGACAGAGCACCCGACGUUAUGAUACGACAAAUAUUGGGCGCAUGUGGCCAUGUUCUUUCGUGGAAAAGGGUACAAGCUUUUGGAUUUUGUGAAUACGCUGGUCCUGAUGCAGGUUUAAGAGCAGUAAGAUUGUUACACGAUAUGACAAUAGGCACAAAAAAGCUUGUCGUUAAAGUGGAUGCUAAAGCUAAAGUUGUACUUGAUCAAUUUAAAGCUGAGAGACGGAAGAAACUUAGAGGAGGUCAAUCCCCGUUACAAGAUGAAACACCUACUGAAGGUACGGAAGGAGAGGAAGGCGAAGAUUACAUGGACGAAGGAAUGAGAGUUGUAGAUGCUGAUGCAUUAACGCGUAUUAAUCAAAUAAUUACGGAACAUGCUACUGAUUUAGAAAUGGCACAAGUUGCCCCAGAGGAGCAUCAAACUAAAAUGGUCGCCAAGUCUUUAAAUUUGGAUGAUGCAGAGAUCGAAGAAAGUAAGAGAGACUUGAUAACUCGUGAAAUUGGAAAAUUCCGGGAAGUUAUGAAGAAGCAGGAAGAGGAGAAGGCCCAAGUUAAAAGGAAAAAAGAGGCCGUAGAAAAGGAGGAACGAGAGAAACGUGAAAAAGAACGUAGAGAUAGGAGAGACGACGAUGGAGCUAACAAAGAUGAUCAGGAAGGUGAACCUGGUGGUAGUCCUAUAUCUCAUAAAGGACGAAGUAGUAGUACAGGUAGCAGUAGAAGAGAUAAACGUCGUUCUAAGUCGAGGUCAAAAGAACGUGAGAGGGAUCGACAAAGAAACGAAAGGGAUAGGGACAGAGAUAGGGAUCGUGAAAGAGAUCGCGAAAGGGAUCGUGAGAGGGAUCGCGAUCGUGAAAGAGAAAGAGAGAGAGAAAGGGAAAGAGAUAGGGAAAGGGAGAGAGAUAGGGAAAGAGAAAGAGAAAGGGAAAGGGAAGAGGCAAGAAAAACUGAAAGAGAAAUAAUGAGAGAAAGGGAGGAAGAGGAGGAAGCUAAGGAAAGGAAGAAAAAUGAGAGGAGAGCUCGUGAAAAAGAGGCAGCUUAUCAGGAACGUUUGAGAGCAUGGGAGACACGGGAACGUCGUAAACAAAAGGAAUACGAAAAGGAAAAUGAGAAACGUCGGGGUAAAAGAGAAGCUAGAGAACGAGAGGCCAAACGAUUAAAGGAAUUUUUAGAGGAUUAUGACGAUGAUCGUGACGAUGCCAAAUAUUACAAAGGUAAAGAAUUGUCGCGACGUUUGGAGGAACGUGCUUUGGAAGCAGAAGCUGAUUCUAAAGAUCGGUGCGCCGAAAGACAGGAAUUGCAACGACUUCGUGAUAAACUUUAUGCCGAUGCUUCGCAUCCUGAUCCUGCUGCUGAAUUCGAAAGGCUUAAAGCGGAAAGAGAGGAGCAAUAUAAACCUAAACCAGUGAUAACAAUAAUUGACGAGGAGGAUGAGAAGGUUGUGAAAAAAGAGAAGGAAGUAAUGCCGCCCAUUGAAACCGAGCCAAUCGAAAGCGACAGCGACGAUGGUGUCCAAUUCGAUGAUGCUUCUCAACCAGAAAUACCUUCUAGAACUCCACCUCGUCAUCAUCAUCAUCAUCGUCGACAUCAUCGCCAUCAUCAAAAUCAUCAUCGUGACGGAGAAGAGAACGAAGAAAUUAUUGUUGAACCUGAUCAAGAGAGUCAAAAAGAUAUUAGGGCAUCACCCAUGCAUCAAUCGGUUGGAACACCUGCUCAAUCAAUUCCACCAUCGUUGGAUGAGGACUCGCGUAUGUCCCUUGUCAGUGAGCCGGAAAAAACAAGCGGCAGUAAUUUUGUUCCUUUCGCUAUGGGAAGUGGUGGCACUCGAGGAGAACAUAAUGUUGGUAAUAAAACACCAGCCAGUCCUAGUGCAACAGUCAUUACAAAUACUCAACAGACUAAUCAAACUAGGAAAAGAGGUCGCAUAGAUGUGAAGGAUGUUUUUAAUAACGACGAUGACGACGAUGGUACUAAUAAUGCGAAGAAACGGAAAUUAGUUCCUUUAGAUUAUGGCGAUGAGAAAAAGAAAAAGGUAAAUGAGGAAACUACUCCAAAGCCUGGUAAAGAAGAAAGUACAAAGAGCCAAGAAGAAAAACGAAAACACAUUAAAUCUCUUAUCGAUAAAAUUCCUACUGAUAAAAAUGCCCUAUUUGGAUAUCAACUUGAUUGGACGGUUAUAGACAAUACAUUAAUGGAAAAAAGAAUAAGACCGUGGAUUAAUAAAAAAAUCAUUGAAUACAUUGGAGAACCGGAACCCACGUUGGUUGAUUUUAUAUGCAGCAAAGUUAUGGCUGGUAGUUCUCCGCAAGGUAUACUCGACGACGUACAAAUGGUAUUAGACGAAGAAGCAGAAGUGUUUGUAGUUAAAAUGUGGAGGUUAUUAAUUUACGAAGUGGAAGCAAAAAAGAUGGGUUUAGUUAAAUAAAUGUGUAACAUCUACAACGUUAAUCGAUUUACAAUUUAUACUAUACAUAAAUAA